AUGAGUUACCAACAACAGCCCCCCUAUCCUCCCCAGCCUGCCUACGGUCCUCCCCCCGGUAACUACGGUCCUCCUCAGGGCGGGUACCCUCCCCAACAGUACGGUGGUUACCCUCCUCAGGGUCCUCCUCCCGGGCAAUACGCACCUCAAGCUCCCAUGGGAUAUCAGCAGCCUCCGCCGCCACAGCAGCAGGAGAAAAAAAGUCACGGCUGCCUUGGUGCUUGGUGA